AUUGAAAUUUCUCGGCCUAAUAAUUUGAAAGCCCACCCAACAUGAACCAAACUAAAACCUUCUUCUCCAACAAGUAAAGCUCAGUCUUCAGACCCCUUUUAUGUUCUUUUGCCAAAACUUCCGUCAAAUCUCUCUCCGUUUUUCAGAAACACAGAAAAAAGCUUGAGUCUUUCUCUCUAUAGCACGCAAUGGGAGACAGUCAGUACUCGUUUUCUCUCACCACUUUCAGCCCUUCAGGGAAGCUAGUGCAGAUCGAGCACGCUUUGACAGCAGUUGGGUCGGGCCAAACCUCUCUGGGGAUCAAAGCUGCUAAUGGGGUUGUUAUUGCAACUGAGAAGAAGCUACCUUCAAUCUUGGUUGAUGAAGCAUCUGUUAAAAAGAUACAGAGUUUGACACCAAAUAUUGGAGUUGUUUACAGUGGUAUGGGUCCUGAUUUUCGAGUCUUGGUUCGAAAAAGCAGGAAGCAGGCAGAACAAUAUCACAGAUUAUAUAAGGAACCAAUCCCUGUUACUCAACUUGUGAGGGAAACUGCGGCUGUUAUGCAGGAGUUCACUCAAUCUGGUGGUGUAAGGCCUUUUGGGGUAUCUCUGCUGGUUGCUGGGUUUGAUGACAGUGGUCCCCAACUAUACCAGGUUGAUCCUUCAGGUUCAUAUUUCUCGUGGAAAGCCUCUGCAAUGGGGAAGAAUGUCUCAAAUGCAAAAACAUUUCUUGAGAAGAGGUAUACUGAUGAUAUGGAACUUGAUGAUGCUGUGCACACGGCUAUUUUGACUCUGAAGGAGGGAUUUGAAGGACAAAUCUCAGGAAAAAAUAUUGAGAUUGGGAUAAUUGGCACAGACAAAAAAUUCAGAGUGCUAACCCCAGCAGAGAUUGAAGAUUAUUUGGCUGAAGUGGAGUAGUGUGCCUGUUACUGCGGACAAUUUGAAAAACCAAAAAAAUUAAUCAAUCCAGUUUAUGUUGUGAGAUGGUUGCAUAUUCAGCAAAAAUGAUUUGGUAUGGGAUGCUAUGCUGUGAGUCUUUAGGAACCAAAUCACAAACUUUUGGGGCAGAAGCAGCGUAGUGCCAUAAUUUCAUUUGUAUUUGUUUGUAGCCUUACCUUUCUUACAAUUCUGACACAAAUUAUCAAUAGCUUUGAACUUCAUUAAGACAUUUACAGCGGACCCGAAA